CGCGAGCGCGUCUCCUUCAUUCGCAGUCUGGGCGGGUUCGGAGGAGGACGGCGGGAGAGGAAGGCGCUCCUGGGACCUCGCGGGCGCACGGCUUCUGGCUCUCCUCCGCGUCCCUGCGAUUUUGAGAAGGCGUAACCGGGUAGCUGGGCGUGGGAGAACCGCAGACAAGCCAUGGGCGCCGGGAGCUCCACCGAGCAGCGGAGCCCGGAGCAGCCGGAGGCGGGGAGCGUGACACCGGCCGAGCCCGAACCCAGCGGCGGCAGCUCUGCGGCAGAGGCGGCGCCCGGUGAGCCUGGGGACACCGCCAUCGCCGCUGCGGACCCCGCCACCAAGCUCCUACAGAAGAAUGGCCAGCUGUCCACGGUCAACGGCUUAGCCGAGCAAGGAGAACUCAGCCUCCAGGAGGGAGCCCCAAGUGGCCAGGAGGAGGAAGUCACUGUCGCAGAUGUUGGACAGAGAGAGUCUGAAGAUGUGAGUGAAAGAGAUUCAGACAAAGAGAUGGCUGCUAACUCCGCAGUUGUUCCAGACGUGAAGGAGGGGCAGGAGGAAAUGCCUGAGAUGAUGGAACAGAUCCCUGCCUCCGAAAGCAAUUUAGAGGAGCUGACACAGACCGCUGAGCCCCAGGCUAACGAUGUGGGAUUUAAGAAGGUGUUUAAGUUUGUCGGCUUCAAGUUCACUGUGAAAAAGGACAAGACCGAGAAGUCUGACACUGUCCAGCUCCUCACCGUCAAAAAGGAUGAAGCUGAAGGGGCAGGAGGCUCAGACGGGGCUGGUGACCAUCCGGAGCCCAGCCGGGAGACAGGGGAGGCCUCAACCCCCAAAGAAAGUGAACUGAAACAGUCCACAGAGAAACCCGAAGGGACGCCCGGAAGCGAGGAGACCCACACAGAAGUCUCUCCCCAAGCUGAGUCUGGCCCAGCAGCCGAGGAAGGAAAAGAUGAAGGGGAAGAAAAACAAGAAAAAGAACCUGUGAAAUCUCCAGACUCUCCGACUAGUCCAGUGGCCAGCGAAACGGCAUCACCCUUCAAAAAAUUCUUCACUCAAGGUUGGGCUGGCUGGCGGAAAAAGACCAGUUUUAGGAAGCCUAGGGAGGAUGAGCUGGAGGCCUCGGAGAAGAAAAAGGAACAAGAGCCGGAAAAAGCCGACGCAGAAGAACAGGAAAAGCCGGAAGAGCCCUCCGAGAAGCUGGCAGCUUCUGAGCAGCCGCAACCACAGGAGGCCCCCGAGCCGGCCCAGGAUGCCAGGUUGUCGGCAGAAUAUGAAAAAGUGGAGCUGCCCCUCGAAGACCAAGCGCAGGCCCCUCCCGAAGAGAAACCCGCCCCUUUAGCAACAGAAGUGUUCGAUGAAAAAGUCGAGAUUGUCGCCGAAGUCCAUGUCAGCACUGCGGAGAAGGAAACGGAGGAGCAGCAGGCCCAGGUAGAAGCAGUAGAAUCCUCGCCGCCUGAAACCCACGCUGAACUUCCGGAAGCCGAGCCCACGGAGGAGCCGCCGAAGACGGAGGAAGAUGCGGGUGUCCUCGGCGGGGACCUCUCCCAGCCGGCAGCACCCAGCGAGGAUGGGAAGGCGCCGUCCACACCCCCCGAGGGCACUGUAAGCGAGGUGGAAAUGCUGUCAUCACAAGAGAGAAUUAAGGUGCAAGGAAGCCCUUUAAAGAAACUGUUCACUAGCAGUGGCUUAAAAAAGCUUUCUGGAAAGAAACACAAAGGGAAGAGAGGCGGAGGAGAUGAGGAGUCAGGGGAGCAGCACCCAAGUUCGGCAGAUUCCCCGGACAGUCCUGAGGAACCGAAGGGCGAGAGCUCGGCUUCGUCCCCCGAGGAGCCCGAGGAGAUCACGUGUCUGGAGAAGGGCGUGGCCGACGUGCCCCCGGACGCAGAGGCGGAGGAAGGGACCACUUCGGACGGAGAGAAAAAGAGGGAAGGUGUCACCCCCUGGGCAUCUUUCAAAAAGAUGGUGACGCCCAAGAAACGGGUGAGAAGGCUCUCUGAAAGUGAUAAGGAGGACGAGGUGGACAAGGUGGACAAGGUCAAGAGCGCCACCCUGUCUUCCACGGAGAGCGCAGCCUCGGAAACGCAGGAAGAGGUGAAAGGGAACGGGGAGGAGCAGAAGCCGGAAGAGUCGAAGCGCAGGGUUGACACGUCGGUGUCCUGGGAAGCGUUAAUUUGUGUGGGGUCAUCCAAGAAAAGAGCAAGAAAAGCCUCUUCCUCCGACGAGGAAGGGGGCCCCAAAGCCCUGGGAGGAGACAGCCAGAAACCAGAGGAAGCAGGAAGAGACAAAGAGGCGGGGCCAGACGCGCUCCCGCCCCAAGUCCAGGAUCAAGGACCAGGAGCUUCCUCCCCCGAGCAGGCCGGCAGCCCCUCCGAAGGGGAGGGAGUUUCCACCUGGGAGUCCUUUAAAAGAUUAGUCACCUCGAGAAAAAAGUCCAAGUCAAAACUGGAAGAGAAAAGCGAAGACUCGGUAGCUGGAUCUGGCGUAGAACCUCCAACCUCAGAUGCUGAACCGGGGAAAGAAGAGUCUUGGGUUUCCAUUAGGAAGUUUAUUCCCGGACGAAGGAAGAAAAGGUCAGAUGGGAAACAGGAGCAAGCCGCGGCUGAAGAUACAGGGCCGACGGAGGGCAACGAAGACGAUUCCGACGUCCCGGCCGUGGUACCGCUGUCCGAGUACGAUGCGGCGGAAAGGGAGAAAACCGAAGCCCAGCAGGCCGAGAAAAGUGAGGAGCAGCCCGAGCAGAGGGAGCUCGGUAAGAGCGUGGUCUACCCGGUGACCGGCGCUGUGGUUGACGGCGCAAGGGCCGUUAGCAGCAUCGAAGAAAGGGCGCCUUCUUGGAUCUCUGCCUCAGUGACAGAACCUCUUGAAGAAUCAGAAGACGAAGCGAAAGCACCAACUGGAGAGGUGUUUGAAAGAGAAGUCGCUGAGGAGGAGGCUUCCCCCAUCGUUUCCAAAACUCUGCCGGGGAGCCAGGAGGCCGGUGAUGACACGCUCAUCAGUGAGGUGGAACUGAUGUCUGAAGCCGUGAUGGCCGCAGAAGCUACGGAGGAAGCAACAGAAGCCUCUGGGGCUGAAGAGACCGCCGACAUGGUUUCAGCUGUUUCCCGGUUAACCGAAUCUCCCGACACCACAGAGGAAGCAACCCCGGUUCAGGAGGUGGAGGUGCCAGACAUAGAAGACCAAGAGAGGCGGACUCAGGAGGUGCUGCAGGCAGUUGCAGAAAAAGUUCGAGAAGAAUCCCAGCUGCCUGAUGGCAGAGGGCCGGAAGACACCAUCCAGACAACGCAUAAGGUCGAAUCAAAAAUCCCCGAGGAGGUGGGAGAAGCAGAAGAGGAUACUCACAGGCUGAAUCUGGAGGAAGAGAUGGAGGUUGUCUCGAAAGUACAUGUACAGGAAACUGACACUGAGGCUCUGACCCUAGGGAAGGGAAUUGGACAGGCCACCCCAGAAAGCUUGGGGAAGGUUUCUCCAGGCACAGAGAGUGCAGAGUCCAGUGAGCUUACAACCACAGAAAUGGUGGUUGGGGUAAAAUCAGAGACUGUUCCAGAACAGGCUGUUGCUCCUGACUCAGCUGAAACCCUUACAGAGAGUGAGACCAAUGGAGGCACCCCAGUAGCAGAGUUUGAAGCUCCAAAUAUAAUGGAGCAGGACAAGAUCAUGGAAAUCCAUGAAGACCGGGAGGUUGCAUCUGGUACCCAAUCCCAGGUCAUGGACGAUGGGGCAGUUCCUGUGCUGAAAGAGAUGCCUCCAGCACCUUCCAGUUUUCAGUCCCAGGAAGACAAACAUUCAGAAGUGGAAGAGGUUCUAGAACAUACAGAUAAAGAGGUAUCAGUGGAAACUGUACACGUUCUUUCAAAGACUGAGGUGAUUCAGGAGGCUGAAGGAUGUGCUGACGAGCAAGGUGGAGACGAACCAUUUGUCGAAGGACCUGCAGCGUCUGCUGACACAGAAGUAACAGUCGGUCAGAAACAGGUCACUGAAGUUGCCCUUGAGGACGAAGUUCCCAAAGAAGCUGAGUUUCAAAAGGGUGAUAAUAUUGAACUCCAGAGUCAUGCUAAGUCUCUUCCAACCCCAGUGGAGAGUGAGAUGGUAGUUCACGUAGGAAGGGAGAAAAUGGAAACAAAACCCACCCAAGUGAGUGAAGAGAGUCUUGAGCAACAGCCAGCUGUUACCGUCUGUGAAGAGCUCAGUAAGCAGCUGGUGCAGGAGGUUACCGUAACCGUCAUAGACGGGGAAAAGGAAGUUAUCCGCUUUGAAGAAAGUUCUUCUCUGCCCGUUCAAGAGGAAGUGGCACGUGUGGAAAUUCAGGUGCAGAGCUCUGAGGCAUCAUUAGCUCUAACAGCUGCAGCAGUGGAGGAGAAGUUCUUAGGAGAAGCUAUCAAGGUUAUAGAAACAGCAGAAACUUUGGAAUCUGCAGAUGCACCUUCAGUACCAGAAGAAACAUCCUCUGAAAAAGAUGAUGACCUCCCUGCUCAGCUGGCAGAAGACGUAGUGCCCACAAGGACUGAAUCUCAGGCAGAAUCAACACCGGUGAUCGUAUCUGUUACCCCCGAAGAGGGCAUCCAUGCUGACCUCCAAGGCGACGAAAGCACAUCACAGAAAAGGGAGUCAGAUGAAGGCAGUGAGCAGGUUGGUUGUCAGGAAGUCAGGGUGAGUGGAACAAGAGAGGAAGAUUUAAAGGCAGAAAAUGAGGUUUUGGAACUUGAGACUGAGGGCAGCAAACUCGUACAGAACGUCAUUCAGGCAGUUGUUGACCAGCUGGGAAGUACCGAAGAAACAGCCACCGAUUUCCAGACCCAGACUCUACUGACAGAAACCCACAGCCAGGAAACAGGGCAGAAAAUUGAGAAGGAAGAAAGCAAACUUCAGGCCUCUGGAGUGGAUGAAAUGCAAACCAUCGCCGCCGAAGAGGAGUCUGCGCUAAGCACUGAGGAGCCCACACAUCCAGAUGUUUCCAAAGAUGUGAAUGAAGCUUUGGAGCAGAUGGUAGCCAUGAAGGUAGAAAGUUCCAGAGUAAAUGACCAGCAGCUUGAAGAGGUGACUCACCCAACUGAGGAUGAGAGAGAGGCCCCUGGAACAGCGUCUUUGCCAGAAGACAAUGGAGGUGCCGGGGUUGGAGAAAGAACAGAGAAGUCCCCGCUUGAAUCCCAGGAAGAUGGAGAAGGUGGUGCUGUGGAUGACCCUGGGAACCAAAGCUCAGCCCUGGAAGAUGCUGAGGCCACCAGGGGCUCAACCAGAGAGUCCCCGGAUACAAAUGGACCCAAACUGAAAGAGAAGGGAGAUGGCCAGGAAGUCAAAUUACAGGAAGAAAAAGUGCAGAGCAAGUCAGAAAAAGAAAUCAAAACACAAACACAGGAGGAGACACAGAACCAAGAGGGAGAACCAGGAACACCUGAACCCACAGAAUCCUAAAACAUCGUUUAACCUGGUGUGUUUGCAAGCCCAGAAUGUGAAGACAGGUAAAGAAAAUGAAAGCCGCUGACGAGACUCAAGACCAAUUAUUUCAGAAUUUUGAGACCCAAAGAAGAGGCACAUCACCUGCUCUCAUUUCCAGAGAACCCCUGACAAUCCUGACGCUUCAUCGGGAGCUAGAACCAGUUAACAUCUCCUGUUUUCAAGAUAGCUCUUAAGAGUUUCCCUUGACACCAUAUAAUGUUUCCGAUUUAAAUUUAAGGUCCUAAAAACCUGGAACUGGAGUUGGCAAUAUCUAGUUCUGCUUCUCAAACUGGAGUAUCAUUCUUUAUGUAUUUAUAUGUAUGUUUUAAGUAAUCCUCCUUCUGUAUCUAUUGUAUAUUUUUUUCUUAAUGUUUAAGGAAAUGUACAAUAUAGCGCAUUCCUCUUGUAUCACACGAUAAACGACGGGGCACGCAGCCACGGUGAAGUCCUGGGAAGCCUUCCACCUUAGUUAGAACCUGUGAAAACAGAGCUUCCUAGAAAUAACCUUCCUGCUCAGAAGCUACAGUUCUUAUUUUAAAAUUCACUAAGGAUUAGGCCCAUGCAUAGUAUUACUCUGAAAUUGGUCUCUUUCCUAUUAUGCACAGUGUGCUAAAAAUAUAAAGCAUUUUUAGGGGGGAGGAGAGCAUACAGAACGUCCCAUUGUUACUGUGAAAUUUUUCUUUCUAGCCUCCAGUGGAGGUUGGAAGGAAGUUUUUUCAGUAGCAGAUUAAGUUUGAGUCUUUUCUCCUAAUUGUGGUUGUUGGGACAGAUGAGUGUGCUUUAAUCUUGAGGCAAAGUAAUGAAAUGUUUUUCAUGUUAUCAGGAAGAGAAUUGACUGUUGUAAGUCUUUGAGUCUACUCUUCUGUGCUGGGCCAUGCUCACACAUAGCCUGAAAUAAGCCAGGUUCUCUACAAAUGGUAUUUUGAGAGAUGCCGGAUUGUGUCUGUGCCAUAUUUGUGCCCACUCUUUUAAGAACAAUGUAACAUUAUGUUCAUUUGGAUAAAUUGUGAUUUGACAACUGAUUUAAAUAAAAUAUUUGCUUCACUUAGAUUUGCUGGAUUUAUUAGAUACUAGGAAGCCUGGGACAUAUGUUCACUGCGUUCUAAAAGCAGAUAAGCUAGAAAUUUCUCACGUCGUUUCGUGACGUUACUACUUUACACCGCUCUGAGUUGGGAUUCAGAGGCGAUCAGCAGAGCAGGAUCCUCUGAAAUAAGCCAGGAGUGGUUCAGAUUGACAGUACUGGUACAAUGCUACCAUCUGGUGGUGCCUUCCUGAAAAAAAGAGUCAAUUUUCUUUGUUAGUAUUUGUUAACGACACACAUCUUUAGAAAGAAAUUUUAAGAGGGCUUUGUAAUGAAAAAGCCUUGCCUAACGUGAUCCUGGAAAAGUUUUUUAAGUGUUACAGUGAUUCGUGAUUCAAGCUAAUAUAUAAAGAAUUCUCUCAAUUGCCACACAAAGAACAGUCAGUGACCUAGUAAAGUUCCACUUUUUCACAUGUAGAACUGGCCUGCUAUAUAUGCUUCUAAAACUUUACUUAAACUCAGUACUCCAGUUUGUGAACUUAAAUUUUAACUGCCAAUUAUUUUAAAGCAUACCAUUCUAGAAAAUGUAGAAUGAUCUUUGCAGAAAGACAGUUUGCUGUUAAAACUGGAAAGUAGUUUCUCUUAAACCAACAAACCUGACUACAAUAAAAAAUGGGCCGUAUUAGAAAGACACCUCGUAACAGCGUAUGGCCUUGUAGUUGGAAAACGUUUAAUAUCCUUUUAGGAGUUACUCUCCCAUAUAAUAGCCACCUGUGCUUAAUUACUAAAUUUAAAAAUCCCCAGAUUAAAAAAAAAAUUCUCUGAUCUAAAGCUCUCUCUUUUGCCAAGUUGAGACUAAAACAAUCCAAGUGCUGGUGUCAAUUUUUGAAGAUCAGUUAAAUUUUGGAUCUGACAGCAAUUUGUAAGGCGUUGACUACACUUCCAAAUUUCCACUGACUUCCUCCCCCUGGCAGGAAGAAACUUUGUGCUAUUCUGAACAGACUAAAGGUUUGUGUAGUUUGUAGUAAACUUUCGUUUUUUGGUUUAAAUUCCAUCCUGCCACUUCAUCCUAUUUGUAUUUGGUCUUUUCUUCACCACGCGGCCAGGUCCUUCUGGCCAUCACAAUGGGUUUUCCAGUGGUGGUUGCUUCAUGGCUGUGUUCCUGAAGUGCCCUGGAUUACUUGUGUACAAACUCUGUACCUGCGUCCGAUAAGCAGCAUUGUUUUAUUUACAAGAGGAAUGCUCUUAACAGCAUGAAAUACAAUUCUGUAUUAUAAUUCUGAAGCUGCUGUUAAUUUGUGACAUACCUAAUAAUACAAUGUAAACUGCAGAAGUUGGAGCAAGUGCCUAAAUUUUGCUACUUUUGGCAUUACUUUGGAGCCAUGUACAAUAGAAAGCAAUGCAAGACUUGUAAACUCUCGCCAUUUCUUGUAAUUGAAGACCAUAAAAUGUUCCCCUCAGGGUCUUUUGCUAAUACUACGGUGAGCUGUCUGUCUCUGUUACACAGAUACUCUGUUCUGGGAUCUUCCUUUGUUGUUGGAACAACAGAUAGUCAAGGGCUGGAAAUUCUCGCUUUCUAUGUAAGCUUCAAGCUUCGCAGUUUCCUUUCAUCUGAGACAAUAUUUGAUUCCUAGUUCUGUUUGGGGGAGCAGAUUUCCAUUUAUCUAAAUAAAAUGCAACCUAAUCAAA